CUCGUAUCCCGUCCGUCCGGCAGACCACCGGCUCCUGUCCCGAGGCGCCACGCGGGCGCUGAAGAUGGCGCCCGUGCCGGAGGACACGGUGUGGUCGGUGCUGAGCUUGCUUCCGGUGGCGUAGAGCGUCACCGAGGUACAGUACCGCCCGGCGGACAGGGCCGUCACGGUCGAGUUCACUUCCAUCUUCGAGGCGGAGCGCGCCAGAGUCCAGAUGCAUGGCCGACGCUCGUGGCUCCAUGAAGAGGACCCCAGCCAGUGGCUGACCAUCACCUUCGUGCCCGACUCUUCCCAGGGAGACGUCAUCGCGCGCGGCCUGGGCCACUGGGGUCCCAUCGAGCACAUCCCCAACGACCACGUCACCCGCUCGUGGGACCGCUCUCCGUACAACCAGCGCGUCCUCGGCGUCGACCAACGACCCUCCUCCCAUGAGUCCUCGGGCAUUGACACCCCCGGCACCACCGGCGGCUUCCUCCCCUCUCACCACAAGCCCAUGGAUAGGGAGACCCUUGCGCGCAACCUGGACCUCGAACCCGAGGAGCUCUCCCCGUUCCUGGACAGACACAACAACUGGAAGAACGACAUCUCCUACCGCAUCGUGGGCAGCACCGCGACGCUCAUCCGCCGCGCCUGGGGCUGGCGCGUGACGGUCGAGGACGACGACAAGCUGCUCAUGGCGCACACGCUGCACGACCCGGAGUGGGCGGACGUCUGGGACCAGCACUUUGAGGACCGCGGCGAGCCCAACCUGCGCAAGUGGGAGCGCUACGGCGCGCUGGCCCGCCACCGCCGCGAGAGGGCCGCGCACCUGGGCGUCGAGGAGUGGCGCGUCGUGCCGUGCGGCGGCAACGGAGGAGCCGGCGGUCCUGGCGGCGAUGAUGGCAAGGUCGGCAAAGCGUGCGAAUGGGGCUGCGGCACGAUGAAGACGGCCAAAGUCGUGACCGACUACCUCAAGAAGGCGAGGGCGAAGAGGCUGUAUGCGGACUCUGACGACGAGGAGUAGACAGAAAGAACGAGAGAACGAGAGAGAUGAGAGGAGAUAAGGGGAGUGAGGGACGCAGACAUGUGGAUGUUGCUGGCGGGACUGCGGCGCUGAAGAUUCGGGGGGACUGCCAUGUUCGUGAUACUAUUGCGAUGUUGACGCG